AUGGUGACCAUGAAUCAUGACUACACCAAGGGCCAGAUGAUCGGUCUGGCCGUUGGGUUCAUGAUAAUUCCCACAGUCUUCUACGAGCUACGCGAGCAGCACUCGGCCCAAGCUGACAAGAGCCCGGCGGACCAGACCAAGUUCGCUCUCAACAUGAUAUCCAUCCUGGGGCUUGGUCUCGUCAAGUCUUCCAUUCUCAUCCUGUUCCGCUACGCCGUCUGGGAAGCACUCGCCUUUGUGAUCGGGUGGACUGUCAGCUUCUUCUUCUCGCACCUAUUUACCUGCUACCCCAUCACCGUUUUCAUCGAGCCCUAUUACGGGAACUCGUGUGUGCAGACGGUUCCCAUGUUUGUCUCGUUGCUGUUCACCGAUGUCAUUGCCGACUGGGCGAUAUUAUUAUUGCCCGUGCCGAUGGUCCUCAAGGUGCAACUGCCCUUCGAGAAGAAGCUCGCAGUGAUCGGCAUGCUGGGAUUGGGCGCCGCUGUAUGCGCCGUCAGCGUCACGAGAGUGAUUGCUACCUUCGCAAUCGCGGAGGAAUACGUCAAGCACCCGAACGACGUCAUGUGCUACACCGCCCCAGUCUUCUUCCGGACCAACAUCGAGCUCUCCCUGGCCAUCGUGUGCGCCUGCCUGCCGACGCUGCGGCCCAUCCGGUCGCACUUCUUCCCCAAGCCGGUCGCGACGUGCACCUCCGACUACGAGUACGGGUCCUCGGGCCGCAUGGGCGCCAUGAAGAACAGCCUCAAGCAGAGCAUCCGGAAGCCGUACGAGGAGCUGGACGAGCUCGAGCUGACAAUGUACGACCGCCAGGCGGUGGGGGCGGACGGCCGGUCGGCGUCGCCCGAGGGGAGAGACAUCAUCAAGCAGACCACCAUCCAGCAGACCAUCGGGGCGCCCGACAGCUCGAGCACGGCGGACCUGAGGGGGAAUACCUUUGAGGCCGUGGGCCGGGGCCCGUUGAGGGCAGAGCGGAUGGUGCCUUGGCAAUUCAACCGCGGUUACUAG